GCAUAAGUGCCUACAUAUACCCUGACCCAGUUAGUUAAAAUAAACCCGUUAUAUAAAUACAUUUGGGAAAUAUGCGCAACUCUCGCAUUAUAUAAAGUGAAAUAAUUUUAAUACAUAAUGAAACUGAUUAUAUUAACUUUAUUUGUACUGGUAUGUAGCGUGGAAUGUUACAAUAUUUUGGUGAUAUUUGGGCACCCGGGUAAGAGCCAUUAUGACGUAUUUAAGCCAUUGUUUCAAGAGUUGGGUAACAGAGGUCAUCGACUUACCAUCGUAAGCCACGUGAGAACUAAAGAUGAUAUAAAGAAUGUAAGAGACGUUUUGCUGUCAGACAAGCCCUAUGUUAACAUUUUGAAUGUGACCGACUUCGUAGGAGAUCGUAUUCAAAAAUACAAAGAGGUCGACUUUAUUUCGUAUUUUGCCCAAAUAACUUGCGAUUCCUCGCUGAAAAGUGAGGAGUUGCAUGAGUUUUUGAAGGAGGAUUUACGGUUUGAUGUUGUACUGACGGAGGUGUUUAAUUCGAAUUGUUUUUAUGGGUUGAUUACCAAAUAUAAGGCACCUUUUAUUGGUUUAAGUUCAUGUGCCCUAAUGGCAUGGCACGCCCAAUGGUUCGGAUCCCCCGACAACCCUUCGUACAUCCCUUCGAUAUACAUGGCUUAUCCACCCCCCAUGUCAUUUUUAGAGAGAGCCGAAAACACUUUGAUGCAUUUGGUGAAUAAAUUAUGGUACAAAGUAUUCAUGGAAGAUCCAGGACGGGCACUAUCGCUCAAAUACACUGGAUAUGAGCCAGCCGAUCCAUAUGAGGCGAGUCUUUUACUCUUAAACACUCAUCACACCCUACAUGGAGUAAGACCGUUUACUCCCAGUAUUGUGGAGGUGGGAGGGAUACAUGUGUCCGGGAAGGUUCCAAAGAAACUACCUCAGGAUAUUGAAUAUUGGACCAACAACGCAUCUGCAGGCCUCAUCUACUUCAGCCUGGGAUCCAUGCUAAAAGGGCACACGAUCCCCAAAGAACAACUUCAAAUUUUCCUAAAAAUAUUCUCCAAACUGCCCCAGAGGGUUUUAUGGAAAUGGGAAGCUGACGUAAUGGAAGGACGGCCCCAGAACGUCAUGUUAACAAAAUGGGCCCCGCAGUUUGAUAUUUUAUGUCAUCCAAACACGGUACUGUUUAUAACCCAUGGAGGGCUUUUGGGUACCACCGAGUCGGUCCACUGCGGGGUUCCUAUGGUGGUGAUGCCCCAGUUUGGGGAUCAGACCCUAAACGGAGGCAUGGUCGAGAAAAAGGGGGUUGGGGUGGUCUUGAAACUGAAAGAGGCCACCGAGGAGAGCUUUAAAGAAGCCGUUACGAAAGCGUUGAGUGCAAAUACGAGGGCGAAAGCCAAAGAACUCUCUGGACUGUUCAAGGACCGUUUGGUUUCACCCUUAAACGCUUCGGUAUAUUGGGUGGAGCAUUUGGCCAAAUAUAAGGGGGCAAAUCAUAUGAGGUCAGAAGCGAUCAAAAUGCCCCUUUAUCAGUAUUUCUUAUUAGAUGUGAUACUAUUUUAUACAGUAAUUUUAAUGACACUAUUUUAUAUUAUUUUUAAAAUUUUCAAAUGGUUGCUUUCGGUUUGCUUUGGUACGCAACAGAAAGUGAAAACCUCAUAAAAUAAAAUUGUUCUAUUUUUUA